AGUAUCAUCUACAUUUCACAAAUGGAAACCCGGAGACACCUACAGUAACCUCGAAGGGAGCAUCUUUGAAAAUAUCUGGUAAAUCAGAUCGAUUUUGAAGGAAAAAAAAUGAGUUGGAACAUUUUAUUAAUAUUACUCAUUUCGAAUUUGGACGAAGUUUUGGCAAAAACCCUGCUGAAACUGCCGUCAAAUGCGCCGCCCGGAUGGCUAAUCAGUGAUCUUCAAUUUCAAAAUCUCAUCGGCGACUCGGAAAUCGCCACGUUGCAGCCAUCGAUUUUUAGCACAAAUUUUGAAGUGGAGGAUGGGUACAGGAUAAUCACCAACACUACCGUAACCCAAUUCCACGGAGAGCUCUUCGAACUAUUUUUGAACGUAAAAGAGCAAAAUUUCCAACGCCUGGUAACUCUCCACGUCUAUGUAGAUCCACGUGGUACAUCCCAGCAGCCGGCAACUUUUCUAUCUACCGUAUACCAUGCUACCGUAUACACGUCACAGCAGCCCGGGAGUACUGUAGUUUUCUCGAAGCCGAUUACAGUUAGGAAUCGGAAAAAUUUCGUGAUUUCUCCAAUUUCGAAAAUCGAUAAAAUCAGUAAAUACAGCAGUCCGUUUUCCGUGAUGACACGUGGAAAAUCAGUCGAUAUUGUGAUGAUGAAGCAGAAGCUUGAGGAGGAUGACAUCACGCGCCACGUUAUUUUUCUCGGAGCAUUUACAGAGAAGACAGGGGAAAUGAUUGCCCAAACCAAAGUGAUCAUUGACGUUAUCGACUCUGGAGAUGUGCAUUUUCUGCUGAAAUCCAAAAAAUCGAUCGCAAAGUUCGCAUCUGCAAUUCCGGCCAAUUCAACGGUGUUUGACGUGGAAAAAAGAAACCUCUCGGAGCCCCUCCUCUUUCACCUUGAAGAGCCAUCCCGAUUUUUCAAAAUUGAUCAAUUCUCUGGCCGAGUUUCUACCGUACUCCCAGUAGGUUACGGUACCUACCAUAUCCACGUGGUCGCCCGAAACCAGAAAAAACAAAGAUCCGAUGCUUGGCUCGAGAUUUCGGUGAAAAAAGAGCAGAAGCUGGAGCCGAUGACAUCAUCACGUUCGCGGCGGCAUCUGGAUGAUAUUGUAUUUCGAAUUCCGGAGAAUACGACUAUGGAGGACAUUGAGAAGAAGGAUAUGAAAAUUCCUUUGUUUGCUGGUGAAACAAUUGGAGAGAUCAAUGUUGCCAAGGAAUGGCUAAAAAUCGACGAUGACGGGAAAAUUCACCUUUUGAAGCCAUUAAACUACGAAAAAACUAGUUCCAUCAUCGCAACUGUGCCUAUUAAUGGAUUGCAGAGUACCCGCACCCAAACCAUCAGAAUCCACGUGGCAGACAUUGAUGAGCCCCCGAGCUUCGUGAAUUCGCCGCUCCCGAUGCUCGCAGUGGUCCCAUUGAACCCGACAAUUGGACGUAUAGUCUAUCAAUUUGUGGCUAGAGAUGAACAUGGAGAUGGAGAUUCAAAUGUUCUUUAUAAAACUAUUGAUGUUAUACCCGCCGGAUCCUUCAUAGUUGACCCGAAAUCUGGUGUUGUACGUACUGGAUGGAGUAAAUAUGAACGUGGUGAUACCUACCGUAUAUCAGCUCAAGCUAUGGAUUUAUCGCCAUCUGAUAAUACUACCUCACAGCUUUCUGAAGUUGCGAUUUUGGAGAUUUUAGCUGAUGAACGGCCGCCGCAAUUUGCGAAACAAGAGUAUGAAGUCACGGUUUCAGAGGAUAAUUUGGUGGACUAUAGCGUGGUAGACGUGAAAGCCCAAUCAUUCCGAUCCUUCGAAGACGGGCGGUCUAAAGGCCCAAUAACCUAUUCCUUGGAGGGAGACACCCCGGAAGAUGAGACAAAAUGGUUCCGAAUCGACCCAUCAACUGGAAUAAUUCAUUUGACACGUCUUUUGGACUUCGAUGAUCCAGCUCUUCCAAAAUUGCACAAGCUUAAAGUGACUGCACGGGAGGAUAAUAGGGAAAGCCACGUGGAUUUGACGAUUCGAAUAGAUGACGUCAAUGAUAAUGUACCUACAUUUACAAGGCCAUUGUAUACAGCACAAGUUAGAGAAGAUAUUCCAUUGAAUCAGACUAUUUUGAAAGUGACCGCAGUUGACAAGGACACUGGGGACAACUCACGUAUCACCUAUUCCGUUGAUAAUCAUAACUUCUCCAUUAACUCAAACGGAGAAAUCAGUGCAAAAGUUCGCCUGGACGCUGAUCAACUGAACGAGCGUCAUUUUGUUUAUCGAUUUAAUGUGACCGCCCGUGAUCACGGGGAGCCCGUGUCGUUGAGCAGCAGUGCAAUGAUACAUAUUCGAACUGAGAAUACGAAUGACGAGAGUGCUGUUUUCCUGCCGACGAGCCAAUAUACCGCUUUUGUGGCUGAAGAUGCUCAGGGUGGAACGCCGGUUAUUCAGAUACAGGCCCGUGACGCCGACCGCGACGAGGUGACCUACUCAUUUAUGGAUAAAAACGGCCGAUCUACGCAAAAAAUGAACCUAUUCUCAAUCGACGAGCACACUGGCUUGGUUAAGCUGAGACAUGGAGUUUCAGCAGCCGAUUUGGCUGAAGCUGAGAACCCGAUUAAUCUGACUGUAAUUGUGCAGGAUGAUGGGAGUUGUUGUGUGUACCCAUCGAAGACACAUACCUCGUAUGCCACGUUGCUAAUUGGAAUAGAGGAUGUUAAUAAUAAUAAGCCAGAGUUUCCAGACUGCGCCAAGUACUCCGAUAUUGCGAAAAUCAUGGAGGGAACCUAUAAAACCGAUCCUCCAACUAUUGUAAAGGUUGAAGCGACUGAUGAUGAUUCUUCGGCCAAUGGGGAUAUUGUAUAUUCACUAUAUUAUACACAGUCUGAAAGCCGAAAAGCUUUCGUGAUUGAUAGACAGACCGGAGUACUAACACCUUCUCCACAUGUUGUUUUUGAUAGGGAGACACGGCCCAGGGAGGAUGUUACUGUUAAGGCAACUGAUCGUGGUGACCGCCCACUUAUUGGCUUCUGUCAGUUCUCUGUGGAAGUCGUCGACAUCAAUGAUAACUCCCCACAAUUCGAACGACCUUCCUAUGAAACAUCAGUGUCCAGAUUUGAAGCUGUAGGGACAUCUGUGAUCACUGUAUUUGCAUUUGAUAACGACGCAGCUCACAAUGCUGAAAUCACAUAUUCCCUGGAAAUCGAUACAACUGCUGGAGAAGAACAUCAGAAUGAUCUGGACUUUUUCGAGUUGGUGAACAGAAGAUCCGGGGAGAUCACAUUGAUCAAGCCGAUUCCUAUGAAGACUCAAAAGUUUAUAUUUAACGUGAUAGCCGAUGAUAAUGGCAUCCCAGAAGCCUUACAGUCCAGUGCUCAAGUCACAUUGAAUGUGCUAGACAAACAACAAAAGGCGCCAAAAUGGCAGACAUCCCCGGACUGCAAGCCAGGGAUUACUGUAGACGAGAACGUGGAGUUGAAUAAAGUGAUCUUGAGAUGCCGCGCGGUUUCUUCUGGAGACUCCAGGAAUAGUGAUGUCAUCUACAAGUUGACAGCUUCUGGGGGUCCUGGGAAUAAGGCAGAGUCCAAGUUCCGGCAAUUUAAUAAAUUUGAAAAUGGGAAUGAGUGGGUCGAAGUGGUGAUUAUGGAGGGUCUGGAUUAUGAGCAAGUCAACAAUUACACCCUGACACUCACGGCUACGGACAUGACAUCCCGGGUGGCUUCUACGAAGACAUUUGUGGUAGAGGUUCGGGAUGUGAACGAUGUGGUGCCUCAAUUCACGGUCGACCUGUUCACAGGGACAAUUGAUGAGGAAAUGACGCCGAAUGAGCAUUUGGAGAAAACAAACGGAAAACCCAUCGUCACUGUGAAAGCAAUCGACACAGACUCCGAUGGUCCACAAAACGAAGUACACUACCGAAUUGUAGGCGAAGCGAAUGGCGAAGAAACGAAACAUUUUCGAAUCGACGAGCUCACCGGCGAAAUAUUCCCCAAUGAAAAGUUUGACCGCGAAAAGAUCGACAUGUACAUUUUGACGGUGGAGGCCAGUGAUCGUUCCGUCUCAGCACUGCCAGGAGCAAAUGGGCCGAAUAAGGACAAUGUGAAGGUGCAAAUAGUUAUCAAUGAUGUUAAUGACAAUGCUCCAUCGUUUGAGGAGCAAAAGUAUAUCGGAAGGGUUAAGGAAUCGGAGGGAGAGGGUCAUGAUGUUAUCACUAUCAAGGCACAUGAUUUGGAUAAACAUUCCAACCUCCGCUAUCACCUCAUCGGAGCCGGUGGUGGACGGAUCCCCUUCGGCGUCCGAACAGAUUCCGGUACCAUAUUCGUCAAGGAACCCUUAGACUUUGAAGCUUCCGAUCAAUACCACCUAGUCCUUAUCGCCUCUGAUGGACGCCACAACGCUACCACCAAUGUCUACAUUCACAUCGAGGAUGUUAAUGACAAUGCUCCACAGUUCGAGCAGCAAAAGUACGCGACUACAGUCAUCGAGGAGGACGUGGAUAUUCCGAAGGUUCUGUUCAAUGUUCACGCGACGGAUGCUGAUCAGGAUGAGAAGAGCAGUAGGAUAGUGUACAGGCUUGAAGGGCAGGGAGCUGAUGAAGUGUUUCGAAUUGGAAAGUAUUCGGGGACAAUUGAGUUGGUCAAGGCGUUGGAUAGAGAUCCUCCGGCAGGAGUUCCGUCAUGGAAUUUUGUGGUUCAGGCGAUUGAUGAUGAUGGGAAUGGAUUGGUGGGAUAUGCAGAUGUGCAGGUGAAUGUCCGAGAUAUCAAUGACAACUCCCCGAUAUUCCCUGAACGACUUUUCGGAUAUAUUGAGGAGAAUCGGGAGCCAAUUCAUUCCGACGGUGUCUACUUCAUGGACGUGCAGGCCCGAGACUUUGACGAUCCGACGACAGAAAACGCGAAUAUCGAAUAUGGAAUUGUGAGGAAUAAGCUGAUUAAUGGAGAGUCGGUAUUCCGAAUCGAUCAGAACACCGGAAAGAUCUUCGCAAUGCGUUCCCUGGAUCGGGAGAUCAGUUCCGAGAGGGAGUUCAUCAUCGAAGUUCGGGCAAAUGAUAGAGGUGUCCCAUCGCGGGAGGGUUUUGCAAAUGUGACAAUUAAGGUUACGGAUAUGAAUGAUAAUGCACCAUUCUUUGAGAAAACCCGCUACGAAGGCUCCGUGGAAGAAACUGCUCCAAUCGGAGCAGCUGUAAUGAGCUUCUCAGCUUUUGAUGCGGACGAGGAGGCGAAGGAUAAUGUGUUCACUUAUCAAUUAUCCGAAGAAUCUGAUUAUUUCUAUGUGACCACUGAUAAGGACUCAAAGCAGUCGUCUGUUGGAGUUUUGAGGGUUAAGCAGCCACUGGACUACGAAGACGUCACCCAACGGGACGGUUUUCAUCUCGGGAUACGAGUUUCCGACGGUCGACACGAUGCAGAAGCGGCGGUGCACGUGGCACUCGUCGAUCGCAACGACCACGCGCCACACAUUCACGGAGCCACAGAACACCGAGUCCGAGAGGACGUGCCACGUGGAACAAGCAUUGGACGAUACACGGCAACGGAUCGGGAUGCCGGAGACACGGCAAGAUUCCGAAUCAAUCGCCAAUCGGAUCCGAAACGUCAAUUCACUAUUGAUCAGGAUGGAACACUUCGUGUUGCUCACACACUUGAUCGAGAGGAUAUUGCCGUUUAUAAUUUGAUUAUAGAAGCCUAUGAUAAUUCCAACAAUAUUGGGCGUCAAAUGGUUGCCGUCUACCUUCAGGAUGUGAAUGAUAAUGGACCCGAACCGUAUACCGUACCGAGACCAUGUAUUUUCCGCGAAAAUACUCCUGUAAAUCAACUCGGAACUUGUGAAAUUCGCGCCACGGAUAGAGAUACUGCUGAAUUUGGACCCCCAUUCACGAUGGAAGUAUCGCCCAGCUUCAAAUAUAGUCAAUAUUUGAAUGUUAUAUUCAAUGCGAACGGAGACGGUGGAAAUGGAUCAAUGACCAUUACACCACUUCAAGAAUUUGACCGUGAAGCCCCAGUUCCUGGAAAAAUUUUGGAAAUUCCAUUGAUUUUGGCGGAUCGUGCCGGCCGACGUAACGAGGCUUCGGUUCAUGUGAUUAUUGGAGAUUUGAAUGACAAUACAAUGCACGAUGGUCGUAUGACAAUCCAUGUGAAUUCCUACCUGGGACGCCUGAAAGAGACUGUAAUCGGACGUGUCUAUGUUGAUGAUGCAGACGAUUGGGAUCUUGGAGACAAGACGUUCUCUUGGAAGGAUAGCCGCCCCGGCUUCGAGCUCUCUGACAAGGGAUCCAUCACGAUGGCUGGUGAAAUGGCUGCUGGUACCUAUACGAUGUCUGCGAAUGUUCAUGAUAACGCUCGUGACGAGGACGCUGUCGGUUAUGUGACUGUGAUUGUGAAUGCGGUGCCACAAAUUGCGUUUGACAAUCAGGGAAGUGUUCAGUUGUUGAUUGCCGAGGAGACACCGCUCCAGUUGCCGGAUGACUUUAUUCGUGCCGAUUCGAAUGGACAAUCAUUGAUGGAUACGUUCAAACAGGAGAUGACGGCGUAUAUGGGUGGAGAUGUUACAGUUGAUGUGUUCUCCGUUCAGGUCGGAAUCGCUACCCUCCAGACCCGAGAUGUUCCAGUCUUGAAUGUCCGUUUCAACGCUCGUGGCUCUACUUAUCGUGAUACAGCUCAACUGAAUGGACUCAUCGCAGCUCACCGAGCAGAUCUUCAACGAAAGCUUAACGUCGAAAUUGUUGGAGUCGGAAUUGAUAUGUGCAAGUUUACACAGUGUGAUGCCGGAUGUCAGACUCUCAACUCUGCUGACUAUGAUGGAAUUGUUGUAUCAGCCAAUUCAACAGUGAUUGUCGGAGUCAAUGCAACAUCACGUGAUGAUUGUACAUGCCCCGUGUGGAGAGCUCCACCGGCUUGUCAGCAUUCCCUUUGUCAUAAUGAUGGUGUGUGUCAUAAUACGAAUCCUGGAUUCUUUUGUGAAUGCCGUAAUGAUGGAUUGAAGGGAGCACGAUGCCAGGGAACAACUAGAAGCUUUGGUGGAAACGGAUUUGCGUGGUAUAAGCCGAUGCCGGCUUGUACGAGCCUGAACAUCUCGUUUAGCUUUAUGACGACUCAAUCCGAUGCUCUUCUAUUCUACAAUGGACCACUGGAAACUCUUCGAAAUGAUACUCAUAUCGAAUAUUCCGAUUACAUUUUCAUUCAACUUCGCGGCGGCCGUAUCUCACUGGAAGUUUCAAUGAAUGGACAAUCGAGAAGCUCGCUGGAAGUGGCUUCUACCGCCUUAAACGAUGGAACUUGGCAUGAUAUUUCUGUGAAUCAGGAGGGAAAACGCGUCGAACUCGUCGUUGAUAAUUGCCGAUUCUUGGGCGCCGGCGCCGAUGAUUCUUCGUGUAGAGCCGAGUUGUAUACACCUGACGAUGAUGAACGUUUGAAUAUUGUGACACCUGUACAGAUUGGUGGAUUGGCUCCGCUAUCCGGUCAAGACUAUCCACAGACAAUUCCACGGGCCGGACUAAAUGGAUGCGUCCGCAAUUUGAAUGUUAACGGAGAUCAGUACGAUCUGGCGACACCCGCUUUCGAGCAAAACUCUGAAAAGGGUUGUAGGCUGUGGGGAGCCACGUGUGACAGUAACUCAGUCGACUCGUUGAAUCAUUGCAUUCAUGGAGACUGUUUUGCGGAUGUUCAGGGUUCGGGUGCGAUGGUUGCCAAGUGUGUUUGUGAUCCGGGAUGGGGUGGAGCACGAUGUGAACGACGAAUGGAAUGGAUUCAAUUCGCACAGGGAGCUUUUAUUGAGUACUCUCCACGCAUUGCAUUCCCGGAACAAGUAUCCGACAUUGAGCUUCUCUUCAUUUCUGGAAAAGUGAAUGGAGCACCGGCGGAGCUCUCGUUCGGAACAGACUCCCAACAGAGUUACGUUUCAACGAAUUUGGAAUCCGGUCAAAAUGGAGUCACUGCCGCCGGAAAAUUCGAUAUCGGAACCGGAGGACGACGUGCUCGACAGGAACUUCGUGUGUCGGAGGUGUUGCUCAAGGAGAAUGCGAGUUAUUGGCUCCAAUUCACGAGGAAUCCGACUCGGGCGAGCUUGUCGAUCGAUAAUGCGUAUACGGUAUCUACGCAGUUGGAUAAGGGAGAACCAUUCUCGUUGCAAGUUAAUCAGAUUACACUUGGCACACAGGGACAGAAUAAGGGAUUCCAGGGAUGCAUCGGAACGUAUCGUUGGUCGAAACAGAAUCUCCCACUGAAACGCGGCGGAGCAAUGGACGAGAACGAAGAAUCGAUUGUCUCAAUUUCCAACAUGGCCGGAGUCCAAGACGGUUGUGAUCUUCGAAUCACUUGUGCCGACCUUCCAGCCGGUUACUGUGGUGGAUCGUUCGUCUGUGUCGAUUUCUGGAAGGGUCCAUUCUGUACGUGCAAUGAUGGAGCCAACGCGAUUCUCGGUGAUGAUGGACAAGUUGUCGGUUGUGGAGAGACGUUGGCCGUGUCGAAACUCGGAAUUAGCUCACCGGCGAUUAUUCUGAUUCUUGUCUCGUUGGCGUUGCUUAUACUGUUGGUUAUGAUGAUGGUUGUGUAUACGAGACGAUCGCCUGGUGCAUUUGAAAAUGUUCGGCCGGAGGAGAUGAAUCGUGAUAAUUUGCGGCAGUAUGGUGUGGAAGGAGGUGGCGAGGCGGAUAACGAUCAGUACUCAAUGGCCGGCCUACGUAAACCAGUAAUGCCACUCGACACAGGAAUGGGACCAGCAAUCGGAGGACACCCACCACACUACCCACCACGUGGAAUGGCGCCACCAAAAGAUGAUCAUGAGCUGAACUCGAAGAUCAAGGAUCUUGAGACUGAUCAGAAUGCGGCACCGUACGAUGAACUUCGGAUCUACGACGAUGAGCGGGACAAUAUUUCUGUCGUCACGUUGGAGAGUAUCGAAAGUGCCCAAUAAACGACGGACUAUAUUAUCAUCUCUUUUUUUCUGAUCUUUUUUCGCGCUAAUUUUUCACAAUUCCCUUUCUCUCCCCACCAUCUCAAUAUUCCCUGCGAUACUCGUCAACCGGUGUCAAAUCACACACACACAAAAAUCUGCACUUUUUGACUCCUAUCUGUUACCUAGAACGGGUUCUGUUUUCUUGUUAUAGGGCCCUUUUUACCCCAAAAUUGUACACAUUUUUUAUGCAAGAUUAUGCAAGAUUUUCUAACUUUUUUUCCAAUUUUUUUCUAUCCUAUAACAAUCCCAGAAUUGCUUUCGAAAUUCAUUACACACACACACUGCUCAUCUUUUUUCAAUUCUUACAUAAUCACAAGUACCUCUACUACUACUUUUUUGAGCGAAAUUUCACUUAUAUAUAUGUCUAUUUAUAUGUAUUUCCUGUUACCCGUUUCCCUCUUGCCACCCCCACAUUUUGUUUCUUUUUCUACUUUUUUUUGCUGAACAUCUACUUUUUCUGAACGGGAUUCUUAUAUCACUCCAAUCUUUUUUCCAAUUUUUCACGACCUUUUUUUCAUGAUGAUGAUAAUCAAUUUUGAAUUGAUUUUUGCAAUGAAGUUUAACUUUUUAAA